AUGCGGAAAUCGGAGGCCAGAGGCAAACCGAGCAGUGAGCGUCUUGAGAGCCCCAAAACGUCGGAACUACCCACAGGAACCUUGAGCACUUACGCUCAGGUCGCUUCAAGUCAAGAAACGAGUAAACCGCAGGGAGAGUUCUUGGCAAACAGUUUUUCCGAAGACAUGGAAGGCAGAAGCAGUAUCCACAUCGUUACCAAAGCCGCUACCUGUGAUCAACCCCAAGGUACCUUGGGGUGUAAAGCGGCCCAAGCCACACCGCGGGUCCAAACCUUGAGCGGGUAG